UGUCAGAAAGUUUCUACUAUUGUGUUUGUCAAACGAAAGCAAACUGAACGCUCCCUCCUCCCCCGACCCGUGUAACUUACGAUUCAGGCUGGGUGUGUUUGGAAGGACAUAGUUUCCGUAUGUGGGAAAACUAAUGAAUAAAAACGAGUAGCUUGAAAAGGAGUAUUUCUGGCUUCGGUCAAAGUGAAAGAAAAAAAAUGGAAGACAGAAACUUACUGCAGAAUAUCCGUACACCACCCAAACUCAGCACACCUGUACUUAUAAUCUCCAAACUCCUUGUGGUUGUUUUGCCCAUCGCUCAGGUAUCAAUAGGUGGGGUUUAUCUCAACGACUGUCCGAAGCAGCCCUACAUCCCCAUUUAUCUGCUGGUGUCAGGUGUGUUUGCACUAGUCUUGGGUCUGUUGUCCUGCCUGCCAUGCACUCAGGAGCCAGAAGAUGGUACUCAAACUCCUCUAAGCGGCCUCUGCACUGCUUGGAAUUCACUGGUGUCGCUGUUUCUCUUCUGCUGGUUUAUCGCUGGUAAUGUAUGGAUCUACUCUAUUCACCCGCCAAGUUACACCCCUGGCACAGACCAAUACUGCAACAAGACACUGUAUCUGUUUGCUUUUUGGACCACUACAUUGGUAUAUAUUUUCCUGGGCAUCAUCUUUUUAGGGGGUUGCUGUACGUUGUUCUGUAUGUGUUUGUUUGGAAGAGGGAGCGUAAAUGCAGACAACGAUGUAUGAUAAAGAGGGCCAGACAUCUAAUGCUUAAGUACUUUUGUGCCCCUUAGCUUCAGUUUUCAGUCCUAAUAAUCUUUGCUCCAGCCCCUUUUUUGAUUAGAAAUGUUUACUUGUUCUUGUGUGUGUAAAUGUUUAUUCGUAUGCUGGGCAUCAGAGUCUUUAUCUUUAUAGAGAAAAAAAUAUUUCAUGGCUGUCUGAAAUACUUGAUUUUGAUUGGUCAAUCACAGCAUCUGCAGCGUGUGACUGCUAAAAUGUAUUAAAAUGUACAUGCCAGGCAAACAAUUUCCUGCAUAGCUGUGCUAGUUUUAUGUUUCCUAUUUUCCAGUCUCUAUAAUAAAUAAAAGAAUUGCAACUCAA